AACACAUCAGUAACACGGUGGGUUGCCAGCUAUACAAUUUGCCUUCUUUUCCUGUGCCAACUGUCGGAUGUAACCAGUUCACCCCUUCCUCUACCCUCAUAGCAGCCCCCACAGCUUCACACCCGCUGGAGUUGGAGGGCCAGGAUGCAGAGGCCUUGGAGUCACACUGAUCCUUUCCAGGAGCAGGAUGUUGUGAAGAGCUUCAAAUGGCAAUCUAAAACACAUACCAAUUUCUUCAUGAAACUGAGACCAGGCAUGCCCUUUGGAGCUGCCACAUCCUAUGUACAUCUAGAGAAGCUGUGUGAAGGAUCCUGUGCAAAUGUGUACAAAGGGAUCAGCAGGAUCAACAGCCAGUUGGUGGUGCUGAAAGUGAUCCGGCUAGAGGCAGAGGAUGGAGUGCCCUUUACAGCCAUUCAGGAAACUUCCCUUCUCAAGCAUUUGAAACAUGCCAAUGUUGUACCGCUUCAUGACAUUAUCCAGACCAAGGAGGCACUAACAUUUGUCUUUGAGUAUGUUCACCAAGACCUAGCACAGUACAUGGGCCAGCAUCCUGGAGGACUUCAUUCGUGCAAUGUUAUGCUUUUCACGUUCCAGCUUUUGCGUGGCCUGGCUUACAUCCACCAACAACACAUUCUUCACCGUGGUCUGAAACCCCAGAACUUGCUCAUCAGUUGCCUUGGUGAGCUCAAAUUAGCAGACUUUGGCCUUGCUCGUGCCAAGUCCAUCUCCACACAGACUGAAGUGGCAACACUCUGGUACUGUCCUCCUGAUGUGUUACUUGGAGCUACAGAUUCUGAUCUAGAUAUCUGGAGUGCAGGCUGUGUAUUUGUUGAAAUGAUCCAGGGCCAGCCAGUAUUUGCAGGAACUUCUGGUACUCAUGGACUGAAGAUCUGGAAGAUAUUGGGGGUCCCAACUGAGGACACCUGGCCAGGACUUUCCAAGGUCCCCAGCUAUAACCCAGAAGUGGCUGCUUCCAGGAGACCUCAGAGGCUCCAAGUCAUCUGUGACAGGCUGAGCAAGGUGCCAUCAGUGGAGGAUUUGGCCUCCAGGAUGCUUAAAGCCUUCCCCUGAGGCUGGAUCUCUGCACAAGAUGCAGUUGUUCAUGGUUUCUUCAGCUCUCUGCCUCCUCAGCUCUAUGAGGUUCCUGCUGGACAAUCAGUGCUCACAGUUCCAGGACUGAGACUGCAACCUGAAAUCUGUGACCUUUUUGUUUCUUACUAAAAAGGCCAUCUCUCACAAGGUUCAAGUAAGUUUUGGUAG